UUACUUGUUUAUCUAACACGUUUGCAACUUGAUCGGUUGCCAAGAUGUGAUUCUGAAAAUUCGAGAUCGAAAAAUGUAUCGUAUAAUGGAAUAAAAAUGAAAAUAUAACUGCAACUAUGAUUUUUGCGAUUGUUGUGUAGUUGGAAUUUAUACGUUGAUUGUGUUCUAAACGUACGUUUCGGUUGAAUUUGUUUCAAAUUAAGUAUAAAUUCAGAAAACUGGAAACUGCCAGGACCAGACCAAGAAAGAAGAUGUUUCUCUCGCUAAUCAAGUAGAAUAUGACUGAUAAGAAGAAUAAGGCCAAAACUAUGGACGCAGAAGGAGGCGUCUCAGUGAUGUGGAGAAACCUCAGGGUCAAGGUGGACAUCAAGAAGCAACAUAUAUUCCGAAGUGCCACUCAUACUAUUAAAGAACUAAUUCACAACGUGAACGGAUAUGUGGAACCGAACAGUUUGGUUGCUGUUAUGGGUGCCAGUGGAUCGGGUAAAAGUACAUUAAUGUCAGUGUUGGCAAAUAGACAAUCAAGAGAUUUCAAAGUGAAUGGAGAUAUACGAUUAAAUGGCCAAAAGAUACCACCUGAAUUGAUGAAGAGGAUUUCAGGAUUCGUCUAUCAAGAUGAUCUAUUCGUUCCUACGUUGACUGUUUCGGAGCAUUUACAUUUAGCUGCAAGAAUAAAAUUAGAUAAGAAAACUACCAUCAAACACCGUAAAGAAUUAGUAGACGAAAUAUUGACUGAUGUUGGAUUGAAAAACUGUGAAAAUCGUUUUAUUGGAAAUUCAAACGACGAAGAAGGAAAAUUGAAUUUAUCAGGAGGCGAACGAAAACGAUUAUCUGUAGCAACAGAAUUAUUGAUGAAUCCAGCUUUACUUUUUUGUGAUGAACCAACCACAGGUUUAGAUUCAUUCACAGCUUUGAAACUGAUGACCAUUAUGAGAAAUAUGACUAGUCAAGGAGGUAAAACGAUCAUUUGUUCAAUUCAUCAACCAAGUGUGAAAAUAUUCGACCUGUUUCAUCAAAUUAUAUUGCUGCAUAAGGGAAAAGUCGCCUUUUGUGGGACUACUGAAAAUGCUUUGGAAUUUUUCCAAAGUAUCGGUUAUUUCUACAACAAACAACAAAAUCCGGCUGAUUAUUUGGUGAAAAGUCUAUCGAUAGUUCCUGGACGUGAAGUGGAAACUGCUGAUGAAGCUACUCAAGUCUGUUUGAAAUUUGAAGAAAGUCAUUAUGCUAAAUAUGUGCACGAGCGUAUUGAAUCAGAGAGUCGCCAUAGAAUAGAAAAUCUUGGUGGAUUGCAAAACAUCGAUCAUAUUUCCUGGUUUCAUAAAUGUUACUUGAUAAUUUAUCGAGAAGCAAUAAGCACCAUCAGAGAUCCAUCAAUACUGUAUUUUAAUUUCAUCAGGCAAAUGUUACUCGCUGUAUUGCUUGCAUUUUGUAUCAAGAGGACAAUAUUUAUGAAUCAAGAAACUAUUCAGUCGAUAAAAGGAAUCCUAUUUUUAAUUAUGAAUGAAAAUUCAAUCACUCCUAUUUAUGUUACUAAAGGUUAUUUCCCUAAGAAAAUGCCUAUGUUUCUUCGAGAGUAUUCAAAUAAUAUGAACACGCCGCUGAUUUUCUAUUUAUCUAAUAUUAUUACGCUGAUUCCAGGAUUCCUAUUCCAACCGACAUUAUUCACUGCAGUAUUUUAUACGUUAUCGCAGCAACGAAACACUUGGAUAACUUUCUUAAUAACUUUAGCAGCCAAUGUUUUAUUGUUCAAUAUAUCAGCAUUGUUUGGAAUUUUGAUAUCAUUGGCGACAAAUAGUCCUGCGAUUGUUGAAUCUUGCAUACUGAUCAUGAAAACAUUAUCCUAUCCAUUUUCUGGAAUGGUAAUGAGAAUCAGCUCGAUUCCUGUAAUAUUUCGAUGGAUUCGGUACAUUUCGUGGGUUACUUACGCUUUCGAGUGUCUGCUGAUUGCAUAUUUCGAAGGAGUGGGGUAUAUUCAGUGUUCGAAGUCUCCAGAAGUGCCAUGUUUGAGAAACGGACAGGAAGUCUUGAAGUUUAUGGAUAUCGAUGGUGAGAAUUUGCGACGGAAUAUAAUUUCCAUGUGUUGUAUUUAUGUAAUUUUUCAUUUGCUGAGUUUUAUAGCUUUGAGGAUUAGGUUGUCUUUGAGAAUGAAUGGUUGAUUGGUGUUAUUUUUUUUUAAAAUAAAGGUUCUCUGAAGAAUA